UGUAUUCGGCGUCUGGCCAGCAAAACAAAAACGCGAAAAAGUAGAAGUGUAGGAAAAUUUAAUUUGAUUUAUUAAAGAAAUAUGUCGGAUUAUCGCUCUCAAUCCCGUGGCGGUGGACGCGGUCAAGAUUAUUCGAAUGACGACGACCCACCCAUGUCGCGGCUGUUCAUAAUAUGUAACAAAGCACAUACCGAAGAAGAUUUUCGCGAGGCUUUCGCACCCUAUGGCGAAAUUGAAGAUAUAUGGGUAGUUAAGGAUAAGCACACACAGGAAAAUAAAGGCAUCGCCUACGUAAAGUUCUCAAAAACCUCGGAUGCCGCCAAGGCACAGGAGCAGAUGAACGGAAAGACUAUUGGAAAAACUGACAGAACCCUUAAGGUGCUGGUUGCCGCAAAUCGAAAUCAGGGUUCGAACAAGUCGGAUAAUGAACAGGAGAAAUAUGUGCGUUUAUUUAUUGUGAUUCCAAAGACCGCCACUGAGGAUGAUAUACGCGAUGAAUUUGCCCAAUGGGGUGAGGUUGAGAACGUGACCAUUGUCCGCGAGAAGAACAAUGGCAGUCCCAAAGGCUUCGGCUACGUACGCUUCACAAAGUUUUACUAUGCCGCUGUGGCAUUUGAAAACUGUUCAGCCAAAUACAAGGCGGUGUUUGCCGAACCCAAGGGCUCGACGCGCACACAACGGGAUCAGUAUGGACGCCUUGCCGAUGACAGUCCCGUAUACCCUUCGGGGCGCGGCGGUGGUGGCUCCACCUAUAAUGGUGGUGGCAGUGGUGGUGGAAGCGGUGCUGGCAGCUUCAACAACGAUUGGAAUGCAUCAGUCAACAGCGACAUGUCCGCCUUUCUGCGCAUGCAAAAUGUGCCUGUGCCACAGCCCACAUGCUUGGAAGUGACGGUCAGCAAUUGCGUUAAUCAGGAUCAGCUGUGGCGCCUAUUUGACAUAAUACCCGGACUGGACUAUUGUCAAAUUAUGCGAGAACAUGGCCCGCGCACAAAUGAGGCUGUUGUUGUAUACGAUAAUCCUGAAGCUGCAAUUUAUGCCAAAGACAAGCUGCAUGGCCUCGAAUAUCCUAUGGGCGAGCGUAUAAUUGUUAAGGUUAACGGCAUGAGCUCAGCUCGUAUGGACACAUCUUUCAUUGACAAGCGUACCAAAAAGGACGCCAUUUGCAAUGUGCCGCUGCCGCCGACGCAGCCCUUGGCAUCGCCGGAUGCACAGGUUGCCCAGCGUCUCUUCAUUGUGCUCUCAGCGAAUCUGCCUCACUCAAUACUGAAGAACAUAUUCUCCUGCUGGAAGGGGCUAAUUGAUGUGUAUUUGCUACCAAACAAGAACUGUGGAUACGUCAAGUACUCGGAGCGAGAGAGUGCCCAAAAGGCAAUUGGUGUUUUAAAUGGUGCAGAGAUCUGUGGAACCAAAAUCAAAGUCAUGGAAGCUGAGGAGCGAAGCGGCUCAGAUGGCGAUGACAGCGGCAGAAAGCGACUGCGCCGAAAUUGAGUCCAUAGUUGGAGUAUGCACCUGGUCCGAGACCCACUGACAACAUUGUACUUAACAGAGAACAUUAUGUACGAGUAGUUUACUUUCAAAAUACCAAGAAAACUAAAAUAAAAAAAAACAACAACAACAAAAAACAGUUCAACUGACGCAAGAACCGCCCAUAAAACACUACGGAAUCAACCAGUACCAGAACCAGAACCACACAGAGCGAAACAGACACGGAAUACGGAAAACAAGAAAUACCAACCAACCAACCAACCAACCGUACAAUUGACCUGUUCAAGUGCGCUGUAGUACUGAGUACCCGUAUGAUAUAGAUAUUUAUAUGUAUAUGUAUAAAUAGACCAGACAUAAACGGAGCCAACGAAACUGCAAUGAUUGUUAAAACCAACCACUAACGGGACUAUCGUAUUAAUCGCAAUUACCGUUACUCAAAACCAAGCAACUAUAUACAUAAACGAACUCUUUGUACAAUUUACUAACGUAUUCCGACAAAGAUAAGAAUAUAUAUAUAUAUUAAAAAAUGCAAAACUUACGGAUUGUAGAUUUUCGCAAAGAAAUCCAAUCAAUUAUGACCUAAUAAAAUUAAAAUACAACUCUAUGUAAAGCCCUUAAAGCGAUAUUAAUAAAUGAAAUAAAUAAA